CUUGAAACCUCAACAAGAUUCACUAAAACCCGUUUUCCGCACUCAACAAAUAUUAAUCAAAAAUCAACCUUCAUAAGUUUUCUGUCAUCGGCGAAACACAAUUAAAAUUUUUCAUCAUUAUGUCUGUAGUUGGUGAAGUGAAUCCCAAGUACCCAUGGGGAGGAGUGGACUGUGGGUUUCCUGGCUACAGCGCAUCAUGUUUCCCGAAAGCACCAGCAGCAGUUUCACUCAGGGGUUCUAUGAGAGACUCUGCCUGGUUCUGCAGCUCAGACCCAGAGGACGCCUCUUACCAAUUUGAUUCAACAGAGCUUGAAGAGCUGAAAGCAGAAGUGAAAGCAGUCGUGAUGAACAACUGGGACCCCACUCCGAGACAAGUGAUCGAUCUCUUGAACGGCGGCAAGCUGGGAAAGUACGACUGGAACCUCGUUGCACACGCGAGAAACAUGAUCCUCGCCGAAAUCUGUCUGGCCACCGAGUCCUGGCAUUCUUUCUACAAACGACUAUCUUGUUUGUGCCCCACGUCAGCCGUGGUUGAACUCAUUGAACGCGAUCUCGACCCAGAUGUGAAAUAUUACUCUGACAUUGCGGAUAUGGUGAAACCUUCCGUGCUUCGAGAACACAUCAGACAAAUGGACAUCGAACUCGGGCAACUGAACGAAUCAUACGUUGGCAGCAUCAAGACCAACAUCCUGAACAACGACGAUGCGAAAGAGAGAGGAAUCACGGGCGAGUAUAAAUCGCUCGAGCAGCGGCAGCAAAAGCUCCUCCAGAAACUGCAUAAACAAGCUGAAAUCACUGCUUUGAUCGAUCAUCAAUUAUUUAGGGCUCAAGAAGUGCAUGUUUGUGAACAAACUGCGUUUCAUAGGACCAUAUCCACGGCUUUGAGGACCCGAAAAAUUGAAGAGCAAGGAAGGAAAGUUCUGGGAGACUUCGGCAAAAGGGCAUUGGAAAUUGGAUGUGUCAUAUCAGACGUUCUGGAAAAUACUCGAGACCUUUUGGCACUGUUGACUGGAGAGCAGGAAACGCCUGCUGAGAGGAAAAUCGCCCUCGAAAAGCGAGAGGUUGAGGAAGAAACGACCAAAGAAUGCGGGAUAUGCUCACCUUUGCCGGUUCCUCAUCGCACAACACCCAUGAAGUUGCGGAGUCCCUUCGGCGAAGACGAAGAAGCGUUUUGCGAGGAGAACGACGAGGAAGUUGAGGAAGAAGCUGGGAAAUAUAGAUUCGGAUCAAGACUACGGUGUCCAAGACAAAGAGGAGGUGGUUGCGACGACGAACAUUUCAUUCGGAGGCAAAUCGCUAAACUUCGUGCCGUACCUGAUGAAAAACCAAUCGAACGCUGUGAACCGGUCACUGAAUACAGCAAAGCUGCGUGUUUCGAGGAUCUCUUCUGGAGCGUAACGGCAGCGAUUCUUUCCCCGUUUCGAUACUUCUUGUUCCACGACCAUUGCUCAGAUGAAAUGCCGGAAGAAGACACACAUAAGCCACUUCCUAAGGACGAUUGUGGACUGUUGAAACAAUGUACCAUACAUUUAGGAAGAGGAGAGUCUGAAACAAAGGAGAAGAAAGCCAUGGACUUGGUCAUCGGCAAAGACACUCCUGUCCUUGUUUGCUUCCGCAACAUUUUCCAAAUGACAUUUGGGCCAAUUUUCGACUACAUCACCGAAAAAUUUGAGUCCUUUGUUGAUCUUUCUGUAGAAGAAACACAAGAAAGCAGUCAAGAUCCGUGUAAAAAGCCGUGUCCACAACACUUGAAGGGGCUCCACGCAUGUCCGGAAACGAAAAAAUUUGUCAAUAAGUCGUCGAAUUGCAGUAUCAUGAGAUUUGCAGAAAUUGUGCAGAAAAGUCUGGUGAAUUUUGCAGAAAUUAAUGAGACUUGUACCACGGGUGCCACUCAUCCUUUGGUACAAGAACUUUUGCGAACUGGAAGUCCCGCAGGCGAUCACCCACCGAAAACGUAG